AGGGCGGGGCAUCAUGGCCGCCCCCCCAAUGCGCUGCGUCCGGGGGCUUGUGGGAGUCGCACUGACCAGCAGCGCCGCCACCGCAGACUCCUCUUCUGCCCUCACCGGCCGACCCUUGGUCGAGCCCGGGCAGCUCUGCUAGGCGGCGGCUGGAGAGGGAACUAUGGGGACGGUGCACGCCCGGAGUUUGGAGCCUCUUCCAUCAAGUGGACCUGAUUUUGGAGCAUUAGGAGAAGAAGCUGAAUUUGUUGAAGUUGAACCUGAAGCUAAACAGGAAAUUCUUGAAAACAAAGAUGUGGUUGUUCAACAUGUUCAUUUUGAUGGACUUGGAAGGACUAAAGAUGAUAUCAUCAUUUGUGAAAUUGGAGAUGUUUUUAAGGCUAAAAACCUCAUUGAAGUAAUGCGGAAAUCUCAUGAAGCCCGUGAAAAAUUGCUUCGUCUAGGAAUUUUUAGACAUGUGGAUGUUUUGAUUGAUACAUGUCAAGGUGAUGAUGCAUUACCAAACGGGUUAGAUGUCACCUUUGAAGUCACUGAACUAAGGAGGUUAACAGGCAGCUAUAACACCAUGGUUGGGAACAACGAAGGCAGUAUGGUCCUUGGCCUCAAACUCCCUAAUCUUCUAGGACGUGCAGAAAAGGUGACUUUUCAGUUUUCCUAUGGAACAAAAGAAACUUCGUAUGGCUUGUCCUUCUUCAAACCACAGCCCGGAAACUUCGAAAGAAAUUUCUCUGUAAACUUAUAUAAAGUUACUGGACAGUUUCCUUGGAGCUCACUGCGGGAGACAGACAGAGGAAUGUCAGCCGAGUAUAGCUUUCCCCUGUGGAAGACCAGCCACACGCUCAAGUGGGAAGGCGUGUGGCGAGAGCUGGGCUGCCUCUCCAGGACUGCGUCGUUCGCUGUUCGAAAAGAAAGCGGACAUUCACUUAAGUCAUCUCUUUCGCAUGCCAUGGUCAUUGACUCUCGGAAUUCUUCCAUCUUACCAAGAAGAGGUGCUUUGCUGAAAGUUAACCAGGAACUGGCAGGCUACACCGGUGGGGAUGUGAGCUUCCUAAAGGAAGAUUUUGAGCUUCAGCUAAAUAAACAACUUGUAUUUGAUUCAGUUUUUUCAACAUCUCUCUGGGGUGGAAUGUUGGUACCCAUUGGUGAUAAACCAUCAAGCAUCGCUGACAGGUUUUACCUUGGGGGGCCGACAAGUGUUCGUGGAUUCAGCAUGCACAGCAUCGGGCCGCAGAGUGAAGGAGACUACCUGGGUGGAGAAGCGUACUGGGCCAGUGGCCUGCACCUGUACACCCCGUUACCUUUCCGGCCAGGCCAGGGCGGCUUUGGAGAACUUUUCAGAACACACUUUUUUCUCAACGCAGGAAACCUCUGCAACCUCAACUAUGGUGAGGGCCCCAAAGCUCACAUUCGCAAGCUGGCUGAAUGCAUCCGCUGGUCUUAUGGUGCUGGGAUCGUCCUCAGGCUGGGCAACAUUGCUCGGCUGGAACUUAAUUACUGCAUCCCCAUGGGAGUGCAGAGGGGUGACAGGUUGGACAGCUUCCCAACAGGGCUGCUGGUGAAGCCUGGAAGACUCUAGAAGGCCACAGUGAUGGGAGCUGAACUGAGCUGUUCCCUUGCAAGUUCCUGACUGCUUCAUGGGGCAUGAAUAAUGUAUCUCUGAAAUUAAUAAGGUACAACUAGAGACACGGGCAAAAAGCUUCAGGAUAAAGAAUAGUCUGAGUUACACACAGGUGCCCAAGUUUAAAAUCCAGCAAUGAAUGUAAACCUCCUCUAGCAGCAAUAGUCUCUAAGGUGCCCAGUUCUAGAGUUUCAGCUUAUAUUUAAAACACAGUCCUCUCAAAUAUUCUGGGUUAAUAUUUCUAAAUACUUGGCAGCAUAAUUUUUAAAAGGCCAAGCAUUAAAAAAAAAUUCUUUUUUUCACCAGGGAGGAUGACUGUUCCUAUAUUAAAAUUUGCAAUUGUGGUGAAGAAUUUUAUUGUUUAAAGAGCAAAAAGUGGGGGCUGGCUGGUUAGCUCAGUUGGUUAUAGUGCAGCGUUGAUAACCCUUAAGUCAAGGGUUCAGAGCCCUGAAUCAGCCAGCAACCAAAAAAAAAAAAAAAAGAGCAAAAAGUUGCCUUAAGAUACUAUUCUUCUGUUGAUUUUUUUUUAACCAUUUAAAAAUGUAAAAACCCUCCUUAGCUCAAGGGCCUCUGAAAACAGGCAGUGGACUGUGGGCUAUAAGUUUGCAGAUCCCUGAGUUAUGGGAAUCUGGAGCCCAGAGGCUAAGUCCUGACCUGGACUAUAAUUUCCCAUUUAGAUGCAGGAAACAUCUGUAUAAAUGUGGUGUUUAAAUCCACAUAACCACUCUUCACUGGUGACAAUCUACAAUUAUUCUA